UUUCUGACGAAGGCUCUGCCCGUGAAGCUGAUCGGGAUGAACUGUGAGCUGAUGAAGCAGUACAUCGAGUUUGUAGCUGACAGACUGAUGCUGGAGCUCGGCUUCUCAAAGAUCUACCGGGUGGAGAACCCCUUCGACUUUAUGGAGAACAUCUCCCUGGAGGGAAAGACCAACUUCUUUGAGAAGCGAGUGGGCGAGUACCAGAGGAUGGGCGUCAUGUCCGGCCCCACAGACAACACCUUCAGGCUGGACGCAGACUUCUGAGGACAGAGGUGGAGCGAUCCACACUCAGUCACACAUUUCAAAGAGAGAAACCAGGUGAUGAUGAAGGCCAUCGCUCCACUCUGGGAGGAAACUAGACUCUUAAAUUAAAGGUCAAAAUGUGUUAUUAACUGGAUGAAAAUCCACAGGUGGAUAUACUGAGUGUAGAAACAGAUGGAUCAUCACUGUUGUACAGGACCAUUUUAAUUUAUGUUGGGUUGUCAGCUGAUGGGUGGUUAUUAUUAUAACAAUGAUAAUAAUGAGAUUUUCAGACAAUAAGGAUACUGCAGCCCAUGGAUCUGCAACUUAAAUUCAGCAGUUAACUUGAUAACUUGGUAAAGCAUGGACCAGAAUUGUGUAUAUAUAUAUAUAUUAGUUUUUCUUUUUUACCUCCUUAUGUGUAAACUAACUUUUUAGAGUUUGGUGUUCUUCAUAAAAUCUGAUAUAUUAGUAUGUUUUUAUAAAGGAAUUUUAUGUUGCUUGUGUUCAAUUUGUACAGAUGUUUAGUUCUUUUGUAAUAAAA